UAAGUUGCAUCCAAAAUGCUAAUUUUGCAGUCUGUAACUGGGUGGUUCUCACAACACAUGAUCAAUUGUAUUAGACAACGUCUUAUAGUGCAAUAUCUAUCAGUAUUCCCCAAGCCUGGUGCUGAGAAUUUACUCAGAGCUGCCACUUUAAAGUUUGAAAAAUUGAAGAGGGAGUGCUAUAGGCAUGCCAUGAAGCUCGAUGGAGAAGAAUGCCAACAAGCUAAUUUAGGUUUGGAAGAGAAUGAAGAACUUGACAAUGUUGAAGAUGAAGAGGAUGCAGCUGAGGGUAAUGAUAGUGAUGAAGAAUGGGAAGAAGAGCAUGAACUGGUAAUUCUUGCCUACACUUUCUGCUUUUAUGUUUUUCUCUCUGGAUUGUGUUAAUAAUGGCUUUUAAAU